AUGAAGCAGCACCGCCAAUCAGCAACAGUAGUAGCCAUUGGAACUGUUGUCUUUUGCCUAUCGAUCGGACUAGCUUCGGGCGCACCAGCUCAACAGCAGACAGAUUCGAUCGAAAAACACGAUCUCGGCGAAAUACAAACGAUUGUUACGGAUCUCCUCGAUAGUGGCAUAAACAUCAGCCUAGAGGAGCAUCAACUUCGUUUCAUCAAAGGUGACACGCAGAACCUGCUGGUAGAGAACUUUCUUUUUGCCACCGCGGAUGGAUUCUUAUUCACUAUAAGCACUGAAAAAGUUAUCGAUAAAAACUACAAACCAAAGGUAGUGUCCUAUUUUGAUGUGAGCGAGGAUGACGCACAGAAAGUUCUUCUCUCACUACUGGGCGGAGGCAACAUUAAGGCUUUAACAGUUAAAAAAGCGCGAUAA